GAUUUCCGGCAGCCGCCUAUGCAGCCUAUGCAGCCGGACGUGGUUACUCUGGAUAUCCAAGCUUCGGUUUGCCUUACCCUGCUGUGGAUCUAACUAAUGGACAACUAACGCCGAACAACAACACACCGCUACUCACACAGGCACUUUCAGUGAUGAACAAUUAUCAAGCAGCAGCUGCAGCAGCCCAUAGCUUUGGACCAUCCGCAUCCCCUCAUACUACCACCACCCGUCAGGGGUUUCCUUCAACCAACUCCCCUGGGCCUACCAUUGAUAUGUACAGCUCGAAUGCAGCCGAUAACGUCGGCUAUGUACAGGCAACCAGUCCACAGCCUUCUGGAUUUCCGAUUGCUGUGAGUCGGGCACCAUUGAACUACAGCCCGGGACCACUAAUUCCUGCGGCGUUUACAAAUGGAUACCAUUAAAAAGUGGCGAUGCGUUGCAACAAAUUGUACACCCCAA